UCACAAAUGACGUUACCCAAUCACGGCUCAGGGUUCCGCGUUCAAAAUUGAGAAACGUCACCGGCCGCCAGAAGGAUAAAAGGUGUCUUUAGUUUUUAGUUCACUUUUACACAAAGAUUUAGUCGCGUGUGGGUUCUUAUCAAUGGCGGAAGAAUCUGCUGUCAAGGUUUGUGUCCGGGUUCGUCCGCUCGUUCCUCGAUGGUGUCCUCUCUCGUCCACAGACCGGGUUUUCACUGCUGAGGAAUCAACCAACCAGCUCUACCAGGCUAUUGCCAAACCUCUGACCUUCUAUACCGAUGGAACUAUAUUUGCCUAUGGGCAGACGUCUUCAGGAAAGACCUUCACCAUGAUGGGGACUAAAAAAAUACCUGGAGUCAUGCCGCUGGCAGUAGAAGAUGUUUUCCAAACCAUUAAAAAGCUUCCAGAGAAGGAGUUCCUUCUCAGGGUUUCCUACAUGGAAAUCUACAAUGAGACGGUGACUGAUCUGCUGGUUGAUAGCUGGAAGAGAAAGCCCUUGGAAGUCCGUGAAGGAAUCGAUAAGAACAUAUACGUUGCUGAUCUGACUGAGGAGCUUGUCACAUCUUUUCCACAAGCCCUUGCCUGGAUUCGUAAAGGAGAGAAUAUUGGAGAGGCAAGAGAGGAGCGACCCAGCAUCAGGGGUUUCACAAACUACAGGGAUAGCAAGCUAACGCGCAUCUUGCAGAACUCCUUGGGUGGGAAUGCUAAAACCCUCAUCAUCUGCACCAUCACUCCUGUCACUCUGGAUGAGACCCUUAGCACUCUGCAGACAACAGCUACUGAAAAGGAGGUUCUAUCCCAGCUGCUUCAAGAAAAGGAUCAGCUCCAAAGAGAGCAAGAAGACAGGAUCAGAAACCUGACCAAACUGCUUGUCACCAGUUCAAACCCGGUCCCUGUUCAAAAGCUGCCAAAACGCAGGGUUACCUGGGGAGGGAAGAUGAUGAGACUUGCCCAUCCGUCUGCCUUUGAUGAUGGUAUGUCUGGCCUCGGCUUUGUGGAAUCUUUCAGGAAGAGGACAGCAAACCGCUCGUAUUUAACGGAGCUUGCUGAAGAUGAUGAGUCCUUUGACUGUCACUGGGGAAUUCCUGAUGAGCCAUCCGAUGAAAUGGAUAUGACUCAGAACUCUGUUACAUCUCGAAACUUUGGAGACAGAGAGUUUGGCUCUCCUGAUCUAAUGCGUGAGCUUUCGGCGAAAGUAUCCACCUUGGAGAUGCAACUAGAACUCGAAAGUCAACAGAAAGAGGAGGCCAUAGGAAAAUUAGCAACAUUAGAUGGUCAGAUGAAAGUGCUGCAAGAUCAGCUUCAAACUGAGGCUAUGCAAAAGCAGGAAGUAUUGGAGAAUAUGAAUAUAACCGAGCAGAGGGUAUCAGAGCUGGAGAUGCAACUACAAACAGAAGCUCAGAAAAAGCAGGAAGACUUUGAGAAGAUACAUCUGGAACAGAGGGUAUCAGAGCUGGAGAUGCAUAUACAAACAGAAGCUCAGCAAAAGCAGGAGGACGUUGAGAAGAUACAUCUGGAACAGAGGGUAGCAGAGCUGGAGAUGCAACUACAAACAGAAGCUCAGCAAAAGCAGGAGGACUUUGAGAAGAUACAGCUAGAACAGAAGGUAGCAGAGCUGGAGAUGCAACUACAAACAGAAGCUCAACAGAAACAGGAGAUGCUACUACAAACAGAAGCUCAGCAAAAGCAGGAGGACUUUGAGAAGAUACAGCUAGAACAGAAGGUAGCAGAGUUGGAGAUGCUACUACAAACAGCUCAGCAAAAGCAGGAGGACUUUGAGAAGAUACAUCUGGAACAGAGGGUAGCAGAGCUGGAGAUGCAACUACAAACAGAAGCUCAGCAAAAGCAGGAAGACUUUGAGAAGAUACAUCUGGAACAGAGGGUAGCAGAGCUGGAGAUGCAACUACAAACAGAAGCUCAGCAAAAGAAUGAAGACUUUGAGAAGAUACAGCUAGAACAGAAGGUAGCAGAGCUGGAGAUGCAACUACAAACAGAAGCUCAGCAAAAGCAGGAGGACUUUGAGAAGAUACAGCUAGAACAGAAGGUAGCAGAGUUGGAGAUGCAAAUACAAACGGAAGCUCAGCAAAAGAAUGAAGACUUUGAGAAGAUACAUCUGGAACAGAGGGUAGCAGAGCUGGAGAUGCAACUACAAACAGAAGCUCAGCAGAAGCAGGAUUCCAUGGAGAGGCUGGAGUUCGAAAUAGCAGACCUGCAGAGAGCACCAGAGGAACAGAUGCACAUUGAAACUGAAAAGAUGCGGAAAGAGUUUGCAGAGGCCAUUCAGUUGUGUGAAACUCUGGCUUCAGAGAAGGACACACUUGCUGCAGAGCGAGAUUAUCUGAAACAGGAGCUCGGGAUGUUCAUAGAGCACACUGAAAACUUGGAAAAAGAGAAAGCCACUCUGUCACAGGAACUGAAGGAGAGGAGGGAUUUGGACGAGUUUAAAUCUCUGGAAGAAGAGUUCCGAAAGGAGCAUGAGAUGGAGUUGCAGAAUGAAAUCUCUAGCCUGAAGGAAGCUAUCAGAUCAUCUGAACUUCACUGCCUUGAUCUUCAGAACAAUCUAGAAGUGCUUUCUGCCGAGCUGACAAAGAAAACUGAGUUUGCAGCGGAACUUCAGAGCAUGAGCGGUAAGGACUUGGUGGAAGAAGUGUCGGCGCUCCGCCGCUCCCUGAACGACGCAGAGGGCCUCAGCAGAGACACAAAGAAGGAGUGGGCCCUCCUCCGUAGCCAAAACAUUGCCUUGGAGGAGCUGAAUGUGACCCUGACUGCCACUAAUGACCAGAUGAGUGCUGAGGUGAACAGCCUGAGCUUUCAACUGGAAACGGAGAAGGCGCAAAACAAAAAGAUGCAGAGUGAUCUUCAAAAAGAGCUUAACAUCGCAUUUAAGGAAAACGCAAAGCUUAACACUCUGCUCGAAGGCAAAGUUCCUCAAGAUUUGAAAGACUGUGUGGAGCUAGAGAGGACAGUGACCAGGAUGAGUAAAGAGCUCAAGGCCUCUCAUGAAGCCCAGGAAGGACUCAGAGCCCAGCUCAAGGAGAUCGCUUCAAUCCAGACUACUCCAGACUCUACCACCUUUGAUCAACUGGCUGACUUAACAAAAAGAGUGAGUACUUCUUCUCUGGAAAAAGAGCUGAGCCAGCAGUGUGCUGAUGAACUUCACAUAGAGCUGGAACAUUCUGAUCAAGACCGAAGUCAGCUUGAAGAUAAACAUGUGGAGAUGCCGCGUGUGCAGCAUGAGGAAAAGGAAAUGGCCUGUGUCCAGGAAUGUUCAAAGGAGGUUGAGAGGCUGCUCAGCACUGUGGCUUCUCUCACUGCAGAGAGAGACCAGCUCAAAGCAGACCUUCAGGAAAACGUGGAUAUGAUGAUUGAGAAUCAGGAGGAACUGAGGACGGCGCUGGAGAGGAAUCGGAGUCAAAUGAGGCAGAUCAAACUCCUGGAAUCUGCUCAGUUUAAUCUGGAUGGAUCUCCAAAUGAUUUUCCUUCACAGUUGGAGGCGCUGAAAGCCAAAGUACAGACUCUGACUCAAGAACUGGAGAGUGUGCGAGCAGAGAGGGACAGGCUUCUGUCGGAAAGAGGGGCAGACACUCUUCCAUCCGCACAGGAGAUGGAGAAGCUGCUGCUCAGAAUAGAACAACUGCAGACCACUCUACAGGCCUUCACAAAAGAGAAAAACAAGACUGAGGAUGAGCUACAGCACAGCAGAGAGAUGGCUGCGGAGACUCAGAAGUGUCUAGAUUCACUCCAAGAGCAGCUCACCCAACAGAAUCAAAGACACGUUGAAAAGGAAAAAACAAGCAAAGAAGAGCGAGCUGUGCUGCAACGGCAGCUUGCAGAGACCAACGGGCUUUUACAGGCUCUUGAAGAGGACCUCCAACAGCAAAAGCUAACGCAUUCAAACCUGGUGAAGCUUUAUGAGCAGAAGGAAUCGGAUGUUGAGCAACAGAUAAAGAUUCUCUCUGAGAAGCUCGCAAAUUCCCAAGCUGAGAAACACGCUGUGAGCCUUGAGAUGGGGGCCCUACACCAGCAUUUCUCUGAGGAGGAGGAGAAGCUGCUGUGCAAAGUGAGAUCUCUGACUGAGGAGAGAGAUGAGCUGCAGGAGGCUCUGAAUCACCUUAGAGAGGAGAAGGCGGCACCCAUCGCAGAGCUGGAGAAAAGAAUGGAGAUGAUCCAACAACUGGAGACCCGUUUGAACAAGCUGAAGGAAGAGUUGAAAGAGAAUCGUAAGGAACUGACUAUUCUGCAAGAAAAGAACCAAGUUCUACAAGAGGAGGUGACCAUGCUGAGGAGCCAAAAGGCAGAGUCAGAGGGCACACAAAGCGGGGGGAAUAAUGCAGGGAUUGCCAUCCAGCAGCAGAGCCACCAGGCAGGAUCACAUUUCUAUAUGUUUGAUCAAGAAUUUGAGAGUGCCUCACCAAACCCCCAGACCAAGGAAGUGGAGCUGGAGAAGCUGCCAUGCAGUACAUCCAUAACUGAAGAGAGAGGGGACGAAAACAAGACAGAAAUGUUGAACAAUGAAGCAAUCCAAACCAUCUCAGCCCUGAAAGAGGAAUUGAAGAGCUUCAAGCUAAGGACCAAAGCAUCAUUACAGUUUCCAAAUUCUACUGGUUAUCUUCCGGAGUUCUUUGGAAAACUUGAACAAUUCAAAGACAUUUGCUCCAAGUGCCAAUCCCGAUUCCCGCACAAGACUCUACUAUUGCAGAGUUUUGUGACGGACUCUUAUCUGACGGCCCUCCCAGAGCCCACCAUGAAUGCAUAUGACGCAGUCUUCCAUUUCGGACAAUUGCCUCUGGAGAAGGAGAAGUUUGUCGCAAUUCCGUCGCAACUCUAUAUGCGAGCACAUGAAUACAGGAGGAUGUUUGAGGCGCUGUUGAACACAGCCUUAUUCACCACUGGGGAGAAGUGGCUACAGGACCUGCUGCUCUGCAGAACUAAAGAUCCCCACCUUUCUGUCAAAGAUGAACACUCCCUAACACUUUGGGGACUUCGACAAAAAGAGCUUCAGGAAAAACAGCAGCUCUACCUGCAGAAAAUGGACAGCAUUUUGGAGAAACUGGCAAUCACCAUGGCUUCUUUUCUGACUGAGUUGAAAGAUGAGAUUCUUGAGAAAGAGAAGCUUGAGGUGGAGGUACAGUCCUUGAUCAGCAACCAGCCGAAUAACUUCAGCGGGCUGGAUGGCGUCCUGAAACGAGAGCUGGAGCGCAGAUCCGUGGUGGCACAGAGAAGAAUGGAGCUUCUGCAGUUUGUGGAUGAGCAGAAUAUCCUUUUUCAAGAAUUACAACAGUUGGAUGCUCAAGAUUAUGCUCAGCUCAGAGAAGAGAGAAGCAAGUCUUUAUCUCUGCUGGAGGCUUCUCUACGUGCUCGGAUUAAAUGGCUUGAGGAAGUAGAGAAGAGCGCUAACGACAGGCUGUCCAGCCACAAACGGGCCACCCAGCUCCUACAGACUGAGCUGCAGGACAGUCGGACCCAUGUUGAGGAGAAAGAGAACACCAUCCAAAGCCUGAAGAGAAAACUACAGCAGUCUGAACAGAAAACAGCAGGAGCUGCUCCACUUGAGCUGGAGAAACUUCAGAACAAGCUGUUCAAAAUGGAGCUGACGCUGACUUCAGUAUUGGAUGAUCACCAACAGGAGAUACAAAGGAUGACCAAACUGUUAGGAGAAAAGGAAGAAUCACUGAGGAAGCUAAAGGAGGCUCUAAGGAGGUCCCAACAGCAAGGGGAGGAGUCAAUUCUGCAGGGGGAAGAACUUUGUUCCAGACUUACUAAACCCAGAGGAGUGGUAACACAGAGCAGCAUUCUGUUGGAAAAGACCAAGCUGGAGGAGGAUGUCAAACAGCUUCAGCUGAAGAUCAGCGAGCUAGAAAGCUUGACAUUUAGUCAGCAAGCAGAGAUCAGUAAGUGGAAGAACAGAGCCAUAAGUCUAAGGAUGAAGAGCAAAGCUGGGGGGGACAAACCUUCAUCCCCCUGCACUCCCACCAAGAGGAGUCUGCCCAUGACUUCAGAAGCCUCCCACCUCCUCAGCUCACCCAGAAAGAUUCUGUUCGCGCCCGGCAGGAUCACUGAGCCAAACUCGCCAAAGUUGUCCCUGCUGGACUCCCCUAAGAGCAGGUUCUUUGAUGCCUGUGAGAGCUCAGAGCUGCUGUCCAGAACCUGUCCCAAACAGUUCUUUGAUAACUCCAGCCUUGGAACCAUUCCAGAGGCAGCUGUGGGACCUGACAAAAACGUGGAGUGGUGGCCUUCUUCCCCCAAACAAGAGGAAAUGUGCAAAACCCAAUAAAAUCUCAUCAUUUUUACUAUUUCAAGAAAAAUCUAUUUUACAGUUUUAAAUUCACUAAUAAAGUGUAUUUUAAAGAGUUAGCAUCUCAUCUCAUUUCUGCUUAUGUCAAGGAUUUCAGUUACUCUUGGUGUCCGUAACCAAUGAAAACAUAUAUUUGCUUCCACAAAGUCUCCAACUGAAAUGGAGCCCCUUGACUUCUGUUUAAUGCUGGCCCAUAUGCAUCCCAUAUCAGGUCUUGGCUUUUGAGGGCUGCAUGACUGUGAAACUCAGCAAUAUGACUGGAACUGAAAUCCCAUAAGAGUCUCAAGCUGUUGUGAAAACAUUUGUAAGAGAGAACUCACAAGACUUAAAAAGAAGACAAGAUAUGUAUUGUAUUUACAUCGCGAGAGUGAUAAUAUGAAUUGUUUAAACGGCUGUAAGAAGAGUUUGGACAGAGUUAAGGAAAGCCUCAACAUUCAGGACCUCUUCAGAUCUGAUGCAUUGAUCUGUAUUUCUGAUAUGGGCCUGGAUGAAAAUAAAACCCU